AUGAACAAUAUUAAAUAUAUUGGAUACAACAAGAUCAAUCUCAUACCAAGAUCUAAUAGGCGGCCAUCUUAUUCAACAAAAUUGUAUAGUUCGUGGCAAUAUAAUCAAAGUUAUGAUUGUAACAGAAUUCAAUCAAAAUUUGAUUUUGAACCGUCAAAUACCAAGUCCAACAAAGACAACCUUGUUAAAGAGGUUGUCAAGAUUACUUCUAACUAUAAUCUUCAAGAUGAAAAUUAUAUAGAUAGCAUUGAACUUG